CAUUUCAACUUCUUCUUCUUUGUUUGUGAAUCCUCCAAUUUCGUAAGCCCACAAAAUUAAACCAACGGUCCUCCGCAAUCCAAACCCUAAUUUCUCCGGAGAUAAAAUAUUGGUAAUUUCUUUCUCUCCCUCUCUCUGUAGAUGGUUCUGUCAUCUUUCAUUUCCAGUUCAGGAAGCAUUGUGGAAAGAAAAACCAGUGGAAUCUGUUGUCUGUCUCUUGAGCUAAUUCUGACUGUAGAAAUUUAUUGUUCGGAAGCAUUGUGGAAAGAAAUACCAGUGGAAUUUGUUGUCGUCUCUUGAGCUAAUUCUGACUAGAUACUUAUUGUUCACAGGAAGCAUUGUGGAAAGAAAAACCAGUGGAAUUUGUUGUCUCUUGAGCUAAUUCUCACUGUAGAUAACUACUGUUCGUGGUAAUCGAGAAUAUGGAGGUAAAGCCAACAGUUGCUCUAAGAGCUAUGCUAGUAGGUGGAAUAGCUGUAUUUGCGAAGGUGGCUGGUGCAAUGAAGGCAGCAGGUGGUGUGAAGUUAGGAGCUGCAGCUGCUGCUAUGACAGCAGCAGCAACUGCAGCAGUUUCAACAAAAAAGGAAACAGAUGAUGUUUCCAAGCAACCUUCAAAGUGAGCUUUUAUGAUGUAUCAAUCGUAGGAGAUCUUUAGUUAGAAAAUAAGGAUGUGUAGCAUAAGCGUGCUAAAAUACGGAACCACAUUUGUAUUACAACAUUUAUCUGGAAGAUAAGAAAUAACAACAAAAUUUUGUACUUCAUUCCGAAAUCUGAACUUACAUAUGAAUACUAUAAUCGCCUGUACCACAAUUUUUACACCUUUAUAUGAAAA